CACACACACACACACAAAAUUAGGGUGAUAUUCCGAGCUGCCAAAAUCUAAAACCAGCCCAUCAACCAGUUCUGUACAUAUUUAGACAGUCAAUCUAAUCGUAGUGCCUCACUGUCAGGGUGAAGGAGGCUCGAGGUGCACACGUCCACGAGAACCGGCUGAGGAUGUGAACAGAGGUUACAGGUCUGAGUGACAAAGUCAGACCGAGGCUACAAAUCCACAAAAGCCAGAGAGGGCAGAUUCAAAGGUUAGGAGCAGAUUUUGGUGCAGAAUGUCAGACUCCUCGACGAGCAGCAGGUCUCAAACAUCGACCCCUCAGGCCAACCUCCACACCCCUGAGCCCCGUGGGACCUCCUGCCAGCAGAUGGCAGAGUCACAGGCUAUUGAGGGCAGAGGUGUCUGCUUCACCCAGCAGGACACCUUCAGCCUCAGGACUGCAGCUGUAGACAGGAGGCACAGUACUGAUGGGACCAUCAGCUCCGGGUCAGGGUCUGCACCUGGAUGGGGCCCCGCGGACUCUGACCGAUUCCACCCGUACCGCCGAGCAGUGACGGCCACAGGCUGUCUCCAACAGUGCUCUUCCUCCUUCAGCUGCCUGCAGGAGGGAUUCAGUCCGGACACAAGUUCACAAAGCUCCAGCAGCGAGGCGCCGCCGCCACCACCGUGGGACCAAUACAACGGCAGCAUCCAGAGUUCAUACCCAGAGCUGCCAGCUGUGCCGGUGGAGCCCUCCUUCUUCCUGUCUCAAAGUUUUCCAUCCUUCAGCUCAUCGAGGCCUCUACAACAGGACUCGUCCAGACUGUACCCUGAUAAUGACCAGUCCAGCAGCUCAAAGUAUUCCCUGCAAAGUCUGUCCACCCAGCCACAGCAGGAGAGCACCACACAGCCCCUCUACCCCAAGCCCAUCUAUUCAUACAGUAUUUUGAUCUUCAUGGCUCUGAAGAGCAGUAAAACAGGGAGUCUGCCCGUCAGUGAGAUCUACAGCUUCAUGACUGAACACUUCCCAUAUUUCAAGACAGCUCCUGAUGGGUGGAAGAACUCGGUGCGUCACAACCUCUCCCUGAACAAGUGCUUCGAGAAGGUGGAGAACAAAAAUGGAAACUCGUCCCGCAAGGGCUGCCUGUGGGCCCUGAAUCCAGCCAAGGUGGCGAAGAUGCAGGAGGAGCUGCACAAGUGGCGCCGCAAAGACCCCGUCACUGUCCGCAGGAGCAUGGCGAGGCCAGACCUCGAUCGUCUCGUUGGAGAGAGACCGGACAAGCCCAGGUCUCUGCCACCUUACACCAGCCCGUCCCUCCUGUCUAGGGUGACUCCGUUUUACGGCACCACCUCAUCCUCUUGCACCGCCGCCCCGCCCCGCCCGCCCUGCCAGCCCAUUCGCCGUUCGCAGUUUGCACAUAUUCUGCAUCAGCAGCAAUGCUACCUCCCCCCCGCCACAGCUCACCCCAGCAGCUCGUUUGCUCUGUGCUCGCCCUGUGGACAGCAGCACGCAGCGGGCGUCCCGUCGGCUCCCCGAGGCCUGAGCUCGCCCGCGGCCGGGAAGAUGCCACCGGCUUAUAAUUCUUUCCUGCAGGCUGAGCACAGUGUUGGUCCCAGGAGCAUGCAGGACCUGCUGCUGGAGGGAGAUGGCAGUUAUGACAUUGGCGCGUUCAACCCCAGCCUGACUGACCUGCAGCUGCAAGGUAACCUGUGGGAGGAGUUGAGGGAGGACACCCUGGUGUUGGAUCCACAAGUUACCUCUGCAACUCUGUCCCCUACCCCUACCCUGCAGGACCCCCACAUCCAGACCUGCGUGCAGGUCCUGCCACCUGUCGGUCAGACGUCGGGGGUGAAGGCUGUCGCUCGAUGUAAAGCAGAGUAUGAGGAUGACGACACACAAAACUGUUUGAAUGGACUGCAUCCUGUGGCUUAUCCAGGGAUGGAGAACUUGAGUGGGUAUCUGACCUCCUGUACCACAUCCAUCUCCUUAAUGUAAAGACCUGACGGUUGACCCCUGACCACUGACGUACAACAUUCAACAGAAUAUGAAAUAUUGUAACAAGCAGCUUUGUGCCAAAGUAUUAGCAUGGUGGUUAUGUAGCCCAAGAUAUCUUCUGUUCUGUGUGACAGGAAUUUAGUUAUAAACAUAUUCCAUGUUUGAAUCCACUGUCACCAAGUUCAACUCAUAAAAAAACAUAUUGCUCA